AGAUGAAAUUAAGUUGGAGGCAGUCCGAAUUGACACCACAUAGAUAUAUACAAUAAUGCUACGUUUCAUCCGUUUAUGAAAUUAAGUGGUGGAGAUGAAAACUGCUUCUUCUCCAAAAACCUUUUCUUUUUGUUUCAAAUAUUCUUUUCUUCACGUAUUGUUCAUCAUCCUUUAUUUUCUCUCAAACGCUGCAAAAUCAAAUGGUUUCGAUCCCAUAAUUCAGCUCCCUUCAUCUGGGCUCUCAAGAAACAGCAGCAGGCAAAAAACUGUAGUUCUAAAUAUUGAUAAAUUUGGUGCUAAAGGGGAUGGAAUCGCUGAUGACAGCAAGAUUCUGCAAGAUGUUUGGAAGGUUGCCUGUUCCGUAUCUUCUUCGCCAGCGAAAAUUGUUAUUCCUUCUGGGAAUUCUUAUCUAGUCAAUCCUACUAACUUUGGUGGGCCUUGCAAAUCAAAUGUGACCUUGAGAAUUUCUGGUACUGUCGUUGCACCACGAGACCCUGAGGUCUGGGAUGCUUUUGAUGCUCUUAAAUGGCUCUAUUUUCAUGAUGUGAACGACCUCACAGUAGAGGGGGGUGGAGUAAUCAAUGGUAUGGGUGAAAAAUGGUGGGAUCAAUCAUGCAAGAGAAACAAAUCACAUCCUUGCACCAAUGCACCAAGGGCUAUCACUUUCCACAAAUGCAACAACUUGAAAAUCAGGGACAUCACUUUGGUUGACAGCCAAAAGAAUCACAUGGUGUUCACUAACUGUAGGCAUGUUGCAGCUUCUCGACUCAGAGUUAUAGCACCAUCUGAUAGCCCUAACACCGAUGGGGUUCAUAUAAGUGAAUCAACACAGGUCCAACUCAAGGAUGCCACUAUCGCUACAGGAGAUGACUGUGUAUCCAUAGUUAGCAAUUCUACAAGAAUUAGUAUAAGCAAUGUCAUUUGUGGACCUGUUCAUGGUAUCAGUAUAGGAAGUUUGGGAAAAUCGAAUUCAUCGGCUAUGGUACAUGAUAUUGUUGUCGAUGGCGUGACUUUGUUUGAUACUGAGAACGGGGUCAGGAUCAAAACAUGGCAGGGAGGCAGCGGUUAUGCACAGAAGAUUAUCUUUCAGAACAUACUGAUGCAUAAUGUUUCUCAUCCCAUUAUAAUAGAUCAAUAUUAUUGUGACUCUUCAUCGCCUUGUGCAAACCAGACUUCAGCAGUGAGCAUCGACAGCAUCUCCUUCCGUAACAUCAGAGGCACAUCAGCAACAGAGGAGGCUAUCACAUUGUCAUGCAGUGAGAGCCAUCCAUGCAAGAGGCUAUACUUGGAAGAUAUUGAACUCGUGUCGUUGUCUGGGAAUACAAAGUCGUUCUGCUGGGAAGCAUACGGCAGAAGCUCAGGUAUGAUACACCCGCCUUCUUGCUUAUUGUCUGCAGAGAAUGUCUCUCCACAACAUCAAGUCCGAGUCAACAAGACUGCAGAGUGAUGAUGAACAUGCUUUCAUUUAAGCGUGGUAGCGAGGGGCAGGCUGCGUUUGAGAUGCUGCCCUCGAUGGUGUGGAUUUGUAGUUACAGUUUUCGAUUUUUGCCACUAUGAUUCGUUGAAGUUUGCUGUGAAUAUGGCUUUGUAUUCAUUUAAUCCGAGCUAUUUCUUUUAGGUUUGAACAUAUAGGUUGUUUAUGUCUUCUAUUUCUUUUAGGUUUGAACGUAUAAAUUGUAAAUUUGUGAUCUUUUUUCAAUAGCUCUAGCUCUCUCUCUC